AUGUACAAUAAGUGUUUUAAAGUGUCAUUUUAUGCAAGAUGCUAUGGAGCUGCAUUAAGAUCAAUAUUUGGGCCAGCUUGGUCACCCAUAGCUUUUCAACAAUUUUUUGAAAAAAGACCAGACAAAAUAUUCCUUAACACAUAUAAAUAUAGAGUCAGCAAACGUUUAAAUGCUAAUAAAUCCUCAAAAAAGAAAGAAAACAUCUUAAGAAGAAAAAGAAAGAGGGAAGAAUCCUCAAUUUUGAGAAAGAAAGGAAAAGCUGAUUAUGGAGAAGAGGUGUUAAUAGACACAGAUGAUAUUAGUAAAGAAAAUUUAGAAUUGGAAUGUGAAAAUUAUUUUAAGACAGAGAUUAUGAAUGUGAAAAUAGAUGAAAUAGAAAAAAAAACUCGGGGACAAUCAUCUAAUGAUUUAUGGCAUGAUGAAAGGAAGAAAAGAUUAACCAGCUCAAUAUUUGGAGAUGUAAUGAGUAGAUCACUAAAUAAUAAUUCUUCUAACAUCAUAAAACGGCUGUUAUAUUCCAAAUUUAAAGGAAACAUUUAUACAAUCCGAGGGCAGAACGAGGAAGAAAAUGCAAGGAUUGAGUACAAGAACAUAAAAAAUAAAAGUGUCAACACUGUAAAAACUAUACAGAUUCCUGGACUUGUAGUAGAUAAAGAAAGGCCUUACUUAGCUUCAUCAAGUGAUGGAAUUGUUAUAUCUGAAGAAGGACCAAAUGGGCUAAUAGAGAUAAAAACACUCCUUAACAACAGUAAAAAAUUAAUACAUGAAGCUGCUGAAAGUGAUAAAAACUUCUGCUUGAAAAUGGAAAAUGGAAAAAUAUGUUUAAAAAGAAAUCAUAAAUAUUUCUACCAAAUUCAGGGACAACUUAAUAUUUUAGAUUAUGAUUGGUGUGACUUAGUAGUGAGAAGGAUAAACCCUAAUGAUAUAUUUAUUGAAAGAAUAUUUAAAGACAAAGAUUUAUGGGAAAGAAAAAUGGUUCCAAAAUUAAAAGAUUUUUACUUUUCUCAUAUGCUACCAGAAUUAGCUGUUCCUAGACAUGGAACUGUUUCCGGGAUUAGAAAACCUUCUUUACCAUGGCAUCAAGAAGAUAUUUUGUUGAAGAAAAGGCCUAUCAUUAAAGCAGUUCAACCAGACAAAUGUUCAGUUGCAAAUGCACCAUCAACAUCAUCCAGUGAUAGACCUCCAUCUUGUUCCCAGAGUAAAAGGAUCAGAAAACAGAAAUUUGUUGGAAGGAGAAUAAAUCAUCAGUGGAAGUUAGAUGACGGCUCAUUAAAGUGGUAUAUAGGAUCAGUACUUUCAGUAACCAAAGGGAAAGACGGUUACCCACAUGCUGUGUAUCAAGUUUUACAUGAUGGUGAAGAUGAAUCUUAUGAUGUUGAGUAUUUACAAACUAAUAACCUUGAUGGAUCAUUGAAAUUUAUUGAUAUAUAA